CAUUAUGGGUGGGGUUGCAUAGUUAAUAAUAAUUUUUGACUCGAAUUAAUCCAGGAAAGUACAGUGCUAGUGCAAGAUGUCCACUGAAGCAGCUAUCAAUGAUCCAGACGCCUUCAGAGCAGCCCUAGCUGAUGUGAGAUCUGAUGCCAGCCAGACUAAUUGGGCACUAUUUGGGCAUGCUGAUGGGAACCCCAACGUGGUCACCUAUGUGGGCUCUGGGACUGGAGGUCUGGAGGAGAUGGUGGAAAGUAUUGACGACGCCCAGUUCAUGUAUGGACUAGUUCGUCUGGAGGAGACGUUUGACAUGUCCACCACAAUCAAGUUUGUGUACAUUAGAUGGACUGGUACGAGUGUGCCCUUUACCAAGAAAGGAAAAUUGGGUGUCAUUCACGGGAGCAUCGAAAAACACUUUAACCCCUACCAUUUGAGUUAUGAGGUGGAAAGUAAGGAUGAGGUAACAGGGGAGCACAUCAGAACAAGACUACAGGAGCAGACUGGCACGAAGAGCAAGGUGUUGGAGGCCUCUGAGGGCAAAGUGAGACAAGAGCGUGGGUUCAUGUCGGGGACCUCCACCAAGAUGGACACACACGUUGGCUCCACACCCACUAGGAGUGCCAACCAGGGUAAGAUAGGCAAGAUGGGAUCAUCCUUCACCGGGGUCUCCAAGGGAACAGGAGGCAUGAAGGUUGAUCAGUCAGUCCACGACUCCAUUGCUGAUGUCAGAGACGAUAACUCUACCACUACCUGGUGUGCUUGCUAUUAUGAGGGCAACAACCCUAAAAACCCUCUCGUGGCCUGUGGCUCUGGACCUGGUGCUGUGGAGGACGUCAAGGAACUCAUAGCUGAUGAUAAAAUUUUGUACAGCCUUGUCAAAGUGACUGAUGUGGUAGAUGACAUCCCAACCAUAAAGUUUGUGUACAUUCAAUGGAUGGGUGAGAGCUGCAAACCCAUGGCCAAGGCUAAGAUCAGCACACACAAGGGAGACCUGGAGGGGAUCUUUAAGCCGUACCACGUCUCGAUCUUUGCUACCUCCCCUACCGAGCUCUCCAGUCGAAUCAUCAACGAUAAAGUGGCCAGUGCCAGUGGCUCAAAGUCACAUGUUAAAUCCUAACUGAACAUUAUAUUAAAUGUAGCACACUGCUAUUAGCUGGUGACAUCAUAGCUUUGAUAUAUAGAUUAGUAAUUUUUGGGGGAAGUGAUGUUAUAAUAGUUAAUUGAAAAAAUGA